GGACGCUCCUAGCCCGGGGGAUCCUGGGACUAGGCCUUUCCGGAAGGAUCGGCUCGGCGUCAGUGGCUAAUUCCGUGUUCCCGGCCCAGGCCCAAGGCCAGGCGGUGUUCCAGGCCCUUGCUGCAAAACUGGCCGGUGGCCGCGGCGACGGUCGAGUGACAGCGGAAGGCGCAGGCGGCCGCUCGCUGAGGAGCCCGGUGGCGCGGCGGAGCGAGCGGCGGAGCCUCAGUACGUGGCGGCGCCUCCCCCUCGACUGCGAGCGGAACUGCUGAAGGAGCGGCAGCGCAGGCCAGACGAGGUGAACGGGUCAUUUAACUGCCUUAAGGUGAUGAAUCGCCAGCCUAAUAAUUAGAUUUGAGGUCCACAGCCGUUUGUGGCCCUGCCGCUGGAGAGUUUCCAGUGGGCGACUGACUGGUGUGUCCUGAGGGGCGCCACGGUGACUGCUCGUCCUUGGUAGGGGAAGUGAGCGCUCCUGCACUGUGGACAUCUCUGUUUCCUGAAAAUCACUCGGCUUAUAAUUUCUUUCUGCGGCAUACAUCUUUGUACAAGAGAGAGGCUUUCACAUGAAAGUGUCUCUCGGUAACGGCGAAAUGGGCGUCUCUGCCCAUCUGCAACCUUGCAAGGCGGGAACCACACGGUUUUUUACCAGCAAUACUCACAGUUCGGUGGUACUGCAAGGCUUUGAUCAGCUUAGAAUAGAAGGAUUGCUUUGUGAUGUGACCCUGGUACCGGGCGAUGGAGAUGAAAUCUUCCCUGUUCACAGAGCGAUGAUGGCUUCUGCUAGUGAUUAUUUCAAGGCUAUGUUCACAGGUGGAAUGAAAGAGCAAGAUUUAAUGUGCAUUAAGCUUCAUGGGGUGAACAAGGUUGGUCUGAAGAAAAUCAUUGAUUUUAUUUAUACUGCAAAGCUUUCUCUUAACAUGGACAAUCUUCAGGACACUCUUGAAGCUGCUAGCUUCUUACAAAUCUUACCCGUUUUGGAUUUCUGUAAAGUAUUUCUUAUAUCAGGAGUCUCUUUGGAUAACUGCGUUGAGGUUGGACGAAUAGCUAACACCUACAACCUAAUAGAAGUGGAUAAAUAUGUUAAUAAUUUCAUCUUGAAGAACUUCCCUGCUUUACUGAGUACUGGAGAGUUUCUAAAACUCCCUUUUGAACGGCUUGCCUUUGUGCUUUCCAGUAAUAGUCUAAAGCACUGUACUGAACUUGAACUAUUCAAGGCUGCCUGUCGCUGGCUAAGGUUGGAAGAUCCUCGGAUGGAUUAUGCUGCAAAAUUAAUGAAGAAUAUUCGAUUUCCACUGAUGACACCACAGGACCUCAUCAAUUAUGUGCAGACCGUGGAUUUCAUGAGAACAGACAAUACCUGUGUGAACUUGCUUUUGGAAGCUAGCAACUACCAAAUGAUGCCAUAUAUGCAGCCAGUGAUGCAGUCUGAUAGAACUGCCAUUCGGUCUGACUCUACCCACUUGGUUACCUUAGGGGGAGUUUUGAGGCAACAGCUGGUUGUCAGUAAAGAAUUAAGGAUGUAUGAUGAAAGGGCACAAGAAUGGAGAUCUUUAGCCCCCAUGGAUGCUCCUCGUUACCAGCAUGGCAUUGCUGUCAUUGGAAACUUCCUUUAUGUGGUUGGUGGUCAAAGUAAUUAUGACACAAAAGGAAAAACUGCUGUUGAUACAGUUUUUAGAUUUGAUCCUCGAUAUAAUAAAUGGAUGCAAGUUGCAUCAUUAAAUGAAAAGCGCACUUUCUUCCACUUGAGUGCACUCAAAGGACAUUUGUAUGCAGUUGGUGGGCGCAGUGCAGCUGGUGAACUGGCCACAGUAGAAUGUUACAACCCACGAAUGAAUGAGUGGAGCUAUGUUGCAAAAAUGAGUGAACCCCAUUAUGGCCAUGCUGGAACAGUGUAUGGAGGCUUAAUGUAUAUUUCAGGAGGAAUUACCCAUGACACUUUCCAAAAUGAGCUCAUGUGUUUUGACCCGGAUACAGACAAAUGGACACAGAAGGCCCCAAUGACUACAGUCAGAGGAUUGCAUUGCAUGUGUACAGUUGGAGAUAAGCUCUAUGUCAUCGGUGGCAAUCACUUCAGAGGAACAAGUGAUUAUGAUGAUGUUCUAAGCUGUGAAUACUAUUCACCAACGCUUGACCAGUGGACACCAAUUGCUGCCAUGUUAAGAGGUCAAAGUGAUGUUGGAGUUGCUGUCUUUGAAAAUAAAAUCUACGUUGUUGGUGGAUAUUCUUGGAAUAAUCGUUGUAUGGUAGAAAUUGUCCAGAAAUAUGAUCCAGAAAAAGAUGAGUGGCAUAAAGUUUUUGACCUUCCAGAGUCACUCGGUGGCAUCCGAGCUUGUACGCUCACAGUUUUUCCCCCUGAAGAAAACCCUGGAUCUCCUUCUAGAGAGUCGCCACUCUCAGCACCUUCAGAUCAUUCUUAGAUCUAAGGUGUUAUAUCUUGGCAGUUCAUCAUGGAUGAUCUCCUAUUUCCCCUUCAGUUGUAUCUUCACAAUGGUUGGUAGUUGUGAGAUAAAAAGGUAACAUUAUUUGUCUUGUUUGGCUUAGUUUGUUUAGCAGGUGGCUAACAAAUGCAUUCUGAAAGUGUAUUCAACAUAGCUGUUUUAACAAAUGAAAGAAGAUAUGCAGAACAAUGUUUAAAUUAGAUGUCUUUUUGUGGUGUUAUUUAAGUCAAAUUGUAGGUGACUGUAGUAAAUGUAAUUGUGUGCAUUAUCCUUCAAAAUUUUCAUCUUUGAAAAACUUCAAGGGGAGGCCUGCUCUAACCUAAAAUAAUAAAUGAAAAGUCACCAAUUAUUAGCUACCUCCCUCUUUUCAGAGUUUUUCACACAUCUGUCAACUCAUUUGGUUUUGUGGUUGCAUAUGGAAUAUGUGAAGUUUCUUAGGUCUUAGGCAAAUAGGAGAAAUAACAAAAAUAUUAACUAGAGAAACAAGUUUAGCCCUAAGUCAGCAUUUGGUUUUUCUCCCUGGAGACAGUGGAAGGGUGAAAGAAAACAUAUGCAUACAUAAGACAAAUAGGUACACACAUAUAUAAUUUUAAAAUUAAUUGGACUCUUUUAACCAUAGUGACAUUGUUCUUAUAUUUGAAUUGUUUCCAUUAAUCAGCUACUUAAGUGGGAAUUCAGUAUCAGAGAAUAAAUAUCUGUAUAGUCAUACUGAAUUUAGAUAAGGGCUACAACAUUCUAAAUUGACAACUAUUUUUGUCAUUUGACUAUAAAUUGUUACUUCAGAUGAAACUUACAUUUUUCUGCUUGUAUAUUUUCUUUAGAGUUGCUUUUAUACAUGUUAUUUAGCAAAGUUCAGAAUUCAUAGAAUUUUCCCAGUAAGUUUAGGCUCUGCUAUUUUCUACCUUUUCAGUAAGGCUUAGGAUAUUAAAAAAAAUGUAGUCUGAACAAAGCUCUAGGGUUUUAAGUUUAGUCUCCCAGUAUAGUCAUCGUACCAUGAUUAUUUUGAGAUUUCAGGUGAUUGCUAUGGUGCUGCUCAAGCCCAUGUGCAUUCUGAGCUGUGUUAUCUGCCUCAAGGUUAAGAUCUGAGCAUGUAGUAGAUAUACUCUUUUGUAUUAAAGCAGAAAAAUGUCCUUUUGGCCAUGUCUCGAGGACAGGACCAACUUCAGAUUCCCUUAGGAGCCAACUACAGAAAGCCUAAAACAUAGUUGUGUUACAGGCAGUACUAAAGUAGAUCUCCAGCCUCUUGAAUACCAGUGGUAUCCCUACUGGUUGAGAAUUACAUGGGGAAGAUUUACAUCGAAUUGUAGGAAUCUUCUUUAACAAGUGAUUCUGAAGAGAUCGUUUCUGGGAAUAGUUAUUUGAAGAAAAAAAAUUUUAUAUAUUCAAAUAGGUAUAUGUAUAUCCCUAUACCUAAUAGAUUGUCAGAAUGUAAAUCAGGAACAACUUUAUUGACAAUCCCAUAAUAAAACUCAGGAACCAAGGUAAAAGGAAUUGGCUUCCAGGGAUCUGAACUUUAUACUUACUGCCCAUACAAGUGUUGAUUCGUUUUAAUGGUUUAUAUGAUUUCUGCAUUGGCAGAAAUUUUCAUACUAUUUUUUUUUAACGAUUCCAUUUUUUAUUACUAAAAAUAGCAUAUUUACAUACAUUUAGAAAAUAGAAAAAAGUAGAAAUUGCUGUUAACUGUAUUGAAGAAAUGGCAUCUCAGUCAUUUCUUUAGUUAUUAAUGAGAUUGAAUUGUGUAUUUCUGGUAGCUGUAUUUCCUUUUGGGUCAAAUGUUCAUGUUCUUUGCUCUUAUGAUAACUAUUGCAUUGUUUUUCAUAUCAAACUAUAGGAUCUCUUUAUAUAAUAAAUGUAAUUUAACUGGUA